CUUGUCACCUGUUCCAGGAACAAUGAAACCAUGCUUUGAAUAUAUCUUUAUUUAACCGUUAGCACGUUUGCCAUCACCAGUCAGCAUGGGGAACUGUUUUAAAACACCAAGUACCGACGACAUAUCGCUGUUACGUGGCCAUGAUAGUCAAGAUGGAGCAGAGCAAGCACUCGGCCCUCCUCCGCCGUAUCAGGAGCGUGUACCAGUUUAUCACCCAGCUCCUAAUGUAAGCCGCCUGGCCAGCCAACUGUCUGAGGAGGAGCAAAUUAAGAUUGCCAAGCGUCUUGGACUGAUCAGUCACCUGCCCACUGGAGUGUAUGAUGGCACUAACAAGAAGGGAAGAGAAUGUGUUAUAUGUAUGAACGACUUUAUACUGGGAGAGAGCCUGAGAUUUUUGCCAUGUAUGCACACCUAUCACAGAGACUGUAUAGAUGACUGGUUGAUGAGAUCAUUCACUUGUCCUUCGUGUAUGGAACCUGUGGAUGCAGCUUUACUCACAACAUAUGAAACCAAUUGACAUCAGAGUCAUAUGGAGGACAAAGGGACUCGGCUGUCAUUGAGACUUGUUUUUACAGGAACUUCAUUUUGAUUUUGUCCUGUGUUUUGGUGCUGGAGAUGUGAUAUAGACAAUGUAAUGACAGAAUUUCAUUCCUCAAGUUUUCAACAGACUAUUUGGUAAAAUUGUGGAUCUGAAAAUGUAGCUACGUGCAAAACAGACAGUGAAACAGCUACUAAGUUCUCAACAGAUCUGCAGAUUGUGACAGUACUAGUGACUACAAGACUAGCAUGCUACUGUAAAUACAAGCUCUAUAGUAACUAGCUCCUCAUUAACACACACUUGAUAAUCCUGCACACUCAGGCAUAUUGUUUAGCAGUAGUUGUAGUACCAGGUAGUACCUAAACUUGUUCACCGUUACAAAAGCAGGUUGAUCACUUGGUCCUGAAACACAACAGUCUAAUCAAAACGAACAACAGCUAGAUAUUGUCAAACAGGUCUGGUAUUGUAUAGCAAUUACAGUGUAUAGUAUGAGACACCAGUUGAUCAACACAUACUGGUUGGUUUGUGGAAUGAGAAAACACUUCAGCUAUGACAUGGUAAUCUACCUGGGCUACACAUCUGAUCUUCUUGAUCUUUUUAUGCAUAUUUUGUAAAAUAUAUUAUAAUGACCAUUACCGAUAUCAACACAACAUUAUUUAUCAAAGCUGAUCCACAAGUGAAAGUCCUUCAGGUAACUCAUUCUCUUGAUCAGACAGCCGCAGUGAAAAUAUUUCCCAUUUGUUGAUAUAAAGAUUUUGAAAUAUACAUAUUUAAAUGAGCAUACAUUAUAGAACUGUGUUGUAAGCGAUAUUAAUCUAAGGUAAACUCAAUGCAUCUUUAUCAAGACAUUAAGGAAACCAGUCUGUUUUUAUUCAGUGUUAUAAAUAUAUUGAUAAUUGGAUUUCAUUGUUUGUGAGGACCUGCACUGUUUUGUAUUAUAUAUUUAGUAAUUACUAUACCAGAAUGUCUUUCUAGAAAUCCUUGAUCAUUUAUGAAAUGAUGUGAUAUCUCUCUGUAUUAUAACUAAUGUGCUGGUACAUUGUUAUUGAGUCAUCAGUACACUUGAGUGUUGUGCUUUACUUUUUCUUGUUGCUUUUCUCUUGUUUUAUUUUCUGCAUUAUACAGCAAUAUUUAUUUUUGGUUUAAUUUGCUUUAGCUUUACACAGACUGAAGUUCUUUAAAACAUCUUACACUUAUGAUGGUAAAGUAACUUGACUGGACUGGCAUAUUUCAUUACCACAUCUAUAAAAUGUACCACUAGAAUUAGAUUACAUCUGAUUCCUGAGAAUGUACAGCAUGUCGUUCUCGGAGUUCUUCACUGUUUCAUUACUCACUUUAAGAGCCUUUUCUCAUUUGAAGUGCCCACCACUCAAAAUUUUCCUUUAAUUUAAAGUCUAUAUCAUCUCAUUUUUGGAAUUAAUUUCUGCAAUUUUUCAUUGUUGACAAGACACAAUCUUUUUGAUAAUUUCUGUUUCUGCAUAUGAUAUGCUACACUGUACAGAUUUAUCUAUCUUAUAGACCUACAAUUUCAGCUUUAAGAUCCUCAUAAACAAUAUCCAUUUUUAGAAGAAUUCAAUAUUUCUGUUUUUAAAACCUGAAGCAUCAUAAAAAAAACUUGCAUUUUUAGAGCCCCAUUAAAAAUUUCCUUUUCAAGGGGCCCAUAUAUUUUCUGUUUUAAGAGCCAAAGGUGCUUACUACAACAAAAAUAAUGUUUUAAGGGACAGAAAAUAGUGCUUUAACCUUAAAAUUUCAACAAAUUUUAUUGAAGGGGUAUUUUUUUUAUCUGACAAGAAUGUGCUUGCAUUGAAAAAGAUGGGUAAAUAUUUCUUGAAUUACGUUAAAUAUUAUAUGGUAAUUCACGACACCAUAGAGGGAACAUUUUAACAAGAGAGGCUAAUUUAUUGUGUUUUGUAGUAGAUGCAUUUAAACUGUGUUAUUUAUUAUUUUAUUUUUGUUGUUAUUAUAAUUGGCAAUGUGCUGUUAUUCAUUGAGUAAGAGAACGCAAAAUGUUGAAUGCUAGUAAUCUUCUGUUUCUAGUAUUUCAUUCAAGUAGAAUCUCUUCAAAUUUUGGACUAGAGGAUAAAAAAGUCCACAUACAUAAUAUUAACUUUAUUCAUUUUACAACACUAUUGCAAAAAAUGCUAACAACUGAUAUUGAUCACUCUUGUUUGUCUUGUCAGAAGAGCAUAAGAUGUUUAUUGUGAGAAAACCCUUGUGGUCAGAAAGGUGACCACAUACCUUUUUUCACCAGCUGAUAUAGGAAUUCAACCUAUCAUUUGUGUGAAAGGCAAAUGUGUUACCAGUGCCCCACACAACCAUACAUUUGUAAUAUUUCAUCACAAGUUACCUUGUAUAUAAUUUAUCAUUUUAUCCAGUUUUUCUUAAAAUCAUCUUAUCUUUAUGAAAGGUUCAUCAAAUAGUGUGGGUCUCAGUAACCUAAUGUAAGAAAAGGUGAGAAAAAAUCUAAUUGGUUCAAGGAGGAAAUAUUUAGAUAAACAUAUUUCUUAUUUAAGAAUUCAUGAAAAAUUAAUUUUCUAGAUGAUGAUUCCUGUUUAUUUUAUCAAAUUUACUAGAAAUAUUCAGUUCUAAGUAAUAAUUCAUAUUAAAUGCUUUUAAUUGAACAUAAAGCAAGUAAAUUGAAAGGUGUUCACAACAAAAAAUAUUGUAAUGUGUUGAUAAAAUUCCAAACUGAUGAACUGACCUUCCUAGAGAAAAGGUUGAAAGUGCUUCUGAUGCAAAAUAAAUCUGUGAACAUUUAACAGGAAAGAUGGACAUGGUUGUCGUUAACUCAAUCUUGACACCUAUUGAAUUUCAUAUAAAUAUAAACAUCCACAUUAGUGCUUAUCUUUGUAGUUGAAAGACCAUCUAAAUUAGACAGAUUCUAUUACCAGAAAAUUGUGUUCCUUUCAUGUAGAUAUUGUUUACUAGAUAUUUUAAGUUUUAUAAUUGAUGUAUGAUCCACUUGCCUUGUUAGUGUGCUGUUUUUUUAUCUGUGUGAGUGAAAUUUUAUGUAGUAUGUUGUUUCUGAUUGAGUGGAAUAUUAUACUUAUAGCAAGUUUCUCACACUGAUUGAGUGGGUGUAAUACUUUAUAACAAGGUCAGCAUACUGUUUGAGUAUAAUGUUAUAUAGUAAAUUUCUCACACUGAUUGAGUGGGUGUAAUACUUUAUAACAAGGUCAGCGUACUGUUUGAGUAUAAUGUUAUAUAGUAAAUUUCUCACACUGAUUGAGUGGGUGUAAUACUUUAUAACAAGGUCAGCAUGCUGUUUGAGUAUAAUGUUAUAUAGUAAAUUUCUCACACUGAUUGAGUGGGUGUAAUACUUUAUAACAAGGUCAGCAUACUGUUUGAGUAUAAUGUUAUAUAGUAAAUUUCUCACACUGAUUGAGUGGGUGUAAUACGUUAUAACAAGGUCAGCAUACUGUUUGAGUAUAAUGUUAUAUAGUAAGUUUCUCACACUGAUUGAGUGGGUGUAAUACUUUAUAACAAGGUCAGCAUACUGUUUGAGUAUAAUGUUAUAUAGUAAAUUUCUCACACUGAUUGAGUGGGUGUAAUACUUUAUAACAAGGUCAGCAUACUGUUUGAGUAUAAUGUUAUAUAGUAAAUUUCUCACACUGAUUGAGUGGGUGUAAUACUUUAUAACAAGGUCAGCAUACUGUUUGAGUAUAAUGUUAUAUAGUAAGUUUCUCACACUGAUUGAGUGGGUGUAAUACUUUAUAACAAGGUCAGCAUACUGUUUGAGUAUAAUGUUAUAUAGUAAGUUUCACAUAUUGAUUGAGUGUAAUAUUCUUAGACAAAUUAUUUAACACUUCUAUUGAGAGUAAUAUUCUGUGAGGAGUUUCACAUUUGAAUGUAAUAUUCUAUAGUAAGAUCAACACACUAUUUGAGUGUGAUAUGAUAGAAUAAGUUUCACACAUUGAUUGAGCGUAAUAUUCUAUAACAAAUUAUUUCACACUUCCAUUAAGUGUAAUAUUUCAAAAACAAGUUCGACACAAUUUGAGCUAACAUUCUGAACUAGCAAGUUUUUCUCAGUGAGUGUUAUAUUCUUAAACAGUUUCAGCAGAGUGUUUGAAUGUAAUAUGAAACUAAACAAUUUAAGAUAUUACAGAAUCAAAGGCUGGAAGAUGUUUGAAGAUAUCUCAUACCAGAUGAGAGUUGAAAAUUGAGAUCUGGAACUUCACAUUAUGCAUAUGAUGUUGAAUAUCUUCAGCAUGAUCUAAGAUUAUUUCACAAUGGUUACAUUGUCCUAAAUUUUCAGUGCAAUACUUCCCCAGUCAAGUCUCACUUUUGUCCAGUUUCAGGUGUGUCUGUUAUAGCUAAGGCCCUGUAUUACAUGCAGGUCACACCUGGUUGUACAUGUCCUUUUUAAGGUCUGGUUCAUGAUCAUCUCUUAUCCCUGUAUUAUAUACAGGUUAGACCUAACUGUGUUUCUUUUUUAGGUCUCUCUUGUCAUUGCUCCUAUGAUCUGUAAUUCGUGUAGGUGGGGUCCAAACCAUGUGAAGGUGAACUUGUCAUGAGAAUGACAAAUUCCAAGAAAUGAAAAAGCAAUAUUUGUAGAAAAAAUUAUCUGUCAUAGCCAUUAUAAUUAUUGAUCAUAUUAAUUCCUGUUCCUGUUGAACCUUGUGUGAACAAAAUUUGGUGAAUUACCUCCCCUUAAGCACUGAGUGCUCCACUUGGGCUUGUGACUUUCCCUAAGUUAAUUGAUCAAGUCACUGUUUCAGUGUUGUACAGAAAUGGAUCAGAUAGGAUAAUCAGCCUAGUUACUAACAGACCUCUGAGAAAAUUAGCAAAUGAAAACUGCAUCUGGAAUAUUUCUCUUGUAUUUAAAUGUAAAAAAAAUUGAAGUUGAGGAUGCAAGUAAACCCUACAUUCAUGGGAAACAAAAACACCAGUCAUGGAUUUUGGGAGGCAAUAUCAUUACACUUACAAAGACAGCACAGAUCUGUACACGGACAGUUUAAACAGUCUAACCUUGUUCGCUGUAAAAUGUCCUUAUCCACGGAAAAACUUUAUAUGUAUAUAUGUGUGUGUCAUGUGAUGAUUUCUCCUUUGUACUGUAUCACCAUUCUAUCCUAUGCAAACAGAUCAUUUUAUAAUAUUUCCAUGUUAUUUCAGUUGCUUACAUUAUUUUGAUGGGUCAAACUUAAUAUUUGUGACCUAAUGGUAGGUACCUGGGCAAAAAUAAAUACUAAAAUAUCAUAAACUUUGACAUUCAUUCAAAUGACAUCAGAAUAUACUUCUGAAAUUUUGCAUCAGUGUUUGUGUGUUGGGUUUUACGCCCGUCAUUUUGAGGCAGAGUUUUCGUGCAGUGGUUGUUGGUUACCUCACUGAACAACAUAUGGGAGGCUCAUUCUAUGCCAUGCAGAACAUUCAAGGUGAAGUGUCUCGCCAAGUCAGCAAAGAUCAGUGUAUUUCUUCACCUCCUGAGAAUGACAAGGUGAAGGGAGCUUGAACUAUGCACCUCACACUGAGCUUAUCACAGCCCCUUUUUUAUCAUUAACAUACUAUAUAAAUUGUUUGUUGUAUACAUAAAGGCCGGUGAAUUAUAUUGAAAACAUUUUUUUGUAGGCAGUUUAUUGGAUUUCCUAUUCAGUUUAAGUAAUCUGUCAUAUUUGAAACCUUUUACUCGGAUCCUCUUUUGUAAGGAUUUUGUUUAUAAUUUCAUAUUAGACAUUCUGUUGAAAUUAUGUUUGCUGUAAAAGAAAUGGUGAUGCAGUCAAGAGAAAUGAAAAAAACCACAAGUAAAAAUUGUUGACAUUAAUUAAAGUCACAACAUCAGCAUAUUUUACCAUUAAAGCUUUGUAUAACAUGGAAAAGGUAAACAGAUAGAUAUUAGAUUGAACACAUGUCAGCUGUAUGUGGCUGAGAUGUGGUGUGAGAGGGUAUGAAUGGUGUGUAGGAGAGAGAGGAUUGUGGAGCACUGCCCGACUCGGACUGCCUUGAUUAGCCCUGUUAAGGGUGUCACCCACUGUAUCAUGUACAUGUAUUGUUUAGUAUUGUUCAGAUAUAUAGAUCUCCAUGCAAUAUGCUGGUCAUUUUGCCACAAACUAGAUUAGAGUUUAUGGUAACACUACACUCCAUUCAUAUGGUGUGGCUUGUAUGUAUUGUUAGUUACACGGAAUAACUGUUGAAGAAUAAAACAAAGUGUGAGCUAA